AUAUACGGACAUACACAGACUUCGUACUCCCCUCCGGCCGCUCUCUCCCUCUGCCCCCGAGCCGCCCCUUCUCCGGCAAGUGUGGCCCGGGUGCGGCCACCCGGCGAAGAGAGGAGCGCAGCGUCCCCAGCGCUAGGGAGCCGGCGCGCCGCAGAAGCUGCCGCCGCGCCAGCAGCCGGAUCCACUCACCCGAGCGCUCGGCGGCGGCGGCGGCCGGGACGCCCUCGGCAGCACCUCGGGCUUCGAGCAGCCGCGCCCGCCCCGCCGGGGCCGGAGCGCGCGGAGCCGCCCCCCCGCAGCUCCUGGGGCCCCUGCCACCCCUAUGAGAGAAGCAGAAGCCGCGCCGAGGAGCCGGACACUCGGCCGCUGGACCCCUGCGCAAGCCCAAGCGCCUCCUCCGCCCGCGCCCCUGCAGCGCCGCUGAAGCGAAAUGCAGCCGCCACGCUCCAGCUGAAAGGGGAAGGGGCCGGCGCCAUCCCCUCGCUCGGAAUCCGGCCCCCGCGGCGGCUGCGCAUCCCGGCCGCGGGCCCUCGGGUCCCCGGAGUGAACGGGAGGAGGAGGAGGAGGAGAAGCCGCCGGCCCGGGGUUGGCCGGGGCUGGGGAGGAGGGACGGGACGGGGCGGGGGGAGGGCGCGGGGGGCGGGAAGGGGGCCCCGGCGGAUAAAGAUGGCAAGGUCUCUCAUCCAAGCGUGCCGUAGUCUGGCUCUCUCAACAUGGCUGCUUUCCUUUUGUUUCGUGCAUCUGCUCUGCCUGGACUUCACCGUGGCUGAGAAGGAGGAAUGGUACACCGCCUUCGUGAACAUCACCUACACGGAGCCCGCGCCGGCCCCCGGGCCCGGAGUGGCGGGCGGCGGCGGCACCGAGCUGCACACCGAGAAGACGGAGUGCGGGCGCUACGGGGAGCACUCGCCCAAGCAGGACGCCCGCGGGGAGGUGGUCAUGGCCAGCUCGGCCCACGACCGCCUAGCCUGCGACCCCAACACCAAGUUCGCCGCCCCGGCCCACGGCAAGAACUGGAUAGCCCUCAUCCCCAAAGGCAACUGCACGUACAGGGAUAAGAUCCGGAACGCGUUCCUACAGAACGCCUCCGCGGUGGUCAUCUUCAACGUGGGCUCCAACACCAACGAGACCAUCACCAUGUCCCAUGCAGGUGUAGAAGACAUUGUGGCAAUAAUGAUUCCUGAGCCAAAAGGAAAGGAGAUAGUAAGCCUGCUGGAAAGGAACAUCACGGUGACCAUGUACAUCACCAUUGGAACCCGGAACUUGCAGAAAUAUGUGAGCCGCACUUCGGUUGUGUUUGUCUCCAUCUCUUUCAUCGUCCUGAUGAUCAUAUCCCUCGCAUGGCUGGUCUUUUAUUAUAUCCAGAGGUUUCGAUAUGCAAAUGCCAGGGACAGGAACCAGCGCCGACUGGGAGAUGCAGCAAAGAAAGCUAUCAGCAAGCUCCAGGUCAGAACCAUCAAGAAGGGUGACAAGGAGACAGAACCCGAUUUUGAUAACUGUGCAGUUUGCAUUGAAGGGUACAAGCCCAAUGACGUCGUGCGGAUCUUGCCCUGCCGGCAUCUUUUCCACAAGUCCUGUGUUGACCCUUGGCUUCUAGACCAUCGCACCUGUCCCAUGUGCAAGAUGAACAUUCUUAAAGCCCUAGGGAUCCCGCCCAACGCCGACUGCAUGGAUGACUUGCCCACCGACUUCGAGGGAUCUCUGGGAGGCCCACCCACCAACCAGAUCACAGGCGCGAGCGACACGACUGUAAAUGAAAGUUCAGUCACUCUGGACCCUGCUGUCCGGACGGUGGGAGCCUUGCAGGUGGUCCUGGAUACAGACCCCACCCCGCAGGAAGGAGAAGUCAUCUUUACUACUAACAGUGAGCAGGAACCAGCUGUAAGCAGUGAUUCUGACAUCUCGCUGAUUAUGGCCAUGGAAGUUGGACUAUCUGAUGUAGACCUUUCCACUGACCAAGACUGUGAAGAGGUCAAGUCUUGAAACGGUGACUAUAGAACAAAGGGAUGGUAGGACCCCAGGGGAAGGAAGGGAGGAGAACCUCAAGAAUUGGACCGGCUACACACACCUCCAGAACCACUUGGUAACUCCACGGCGCUCGGCUUAAGAAUGGUAAUGAAAGCAAUAUCCAAAGUCAUGUUAAUCAGGAAGCCGUCUCUCCAUCUGUACAACAGUCCACGGCCUUGGCAGCUGAGAAGUCGAAAGCUGAUUUUCCCUCCCAUGUCCUUGUAGACACACACACUUCAGAAGCUCCUAAAACAGACAGGACACAUUUAGGGCUUCUUAGUUUUAUUUCCUUUUCUUCCAGGUCUUGUUUUGUUGUUUGGGGAAUGUGGUUUGAUUUCUUUGGCAGUUUCUUUUUAAAGACUGUGUGCAGUUUACAUGAUGUCCACCCCUUUGGUUGACUCCAGCUUUUGUAGAGAGUUCUGUUUCGAAGCACCAGUUCCUGCUAUGAUCAGUUUGUACACGCCAUCUCUGAGAUGAAUGGCCAUGACCUCUCAGCAUGAAGUGUGCAUGGCUUUGGGAAGUGCCUCAGCACCCUGAAAUAGUCUAAGGCCAGCUUUCCUUAAGAAUCUAAAUUCUUUUAAGUGGAUCUUAAAGAUCCUAGCUGCCAGAGACCCUAGCACUAAGCUCUGACUCUGCUGAGGCUACUAAUUAUUUACAGCCACAUCACGCUGGUUUCCACUUGCCUGGCUCUGUUAAUGGCCCACGUGACGUGAGAAAGAAGCUUCAUUUUUGCUUGGAUCUUAAAGACUUUGACUGAAAUUCCAAACUCCGAAGUCGCCCUCCAGGGCUGUAGCGCUGUUCUUCAUGACUGACUGUAGGGCUUGUAGCUGGGACUGCAAGCCCAGUUUUAAGACCAUAUACCACAUAUUCUUCCCAAAAGCAAAAAUGUCUGUGAUCUUGGUCUCCCCAAGGCUAGAACAGUCUUUUUUUCCCUCCACAAGUGGCUUCUGCAGGCAAUGGAGGCUUCAGAAGAGACCCAAUCCUCUGGGAGCCCAGUGUCCAACACAGUGGGGGCUGAGGGAGUGCCAGGGUUUUACCUUAAUCCCAACACACUUCUGUUAAACCUCACCAGACCUCAAGGGAGGGCUUAGGGGAAUCCUUAGUAGAUUGCUUCCCAGGGCUCCCCGAGUACAUCUAAAUACCAAGUGAGGAGGGACGUGUGAUUUGAUAAACCACUUGAUCUAAAAAGUAUAGCAUGGGAAUUUGCGAACCAAGUUUCUCCUGACGGAGAGAGACAAAGAGGGAGAGGAAAAGAGGCAUCCAAUCGAUACUGAGACCCACUGGCAUUUUUAAACUACUUACGUUUUUAUUCUUUUUUUGUAACUAUGACAGAGAUGUGCUAUUUUUUCAGUGGGCAAUUUUGUAAUACAUUUAGACUGUCCAGAUGCAGAGAUGACUAAGGUAGUGAACGGUUUCCCUGGACAAUCACGGAUCACCUCAUCCUCUGUAAGAAGGCGACGCGGCUGCGUGGGUUACUAAGAAGGAGAGCUUUUCUCACUGAGGUAUUUACAUCUUUGACGAGGCUUUUCCACCUCAUUACACUAAUACUCAUCCAAAAACCAGAGUUGGGCUGUGUCGUAAAUCCCCGCUGCCCUGCUGAAACAUGCAGUGGAUGUCAAGGGAGUGGAUGCCAGACUACUGGUUGCUCUUUUUUCACCAUCUUUAAUGAUUUCCUAUUUGAUGCUUUCUAAGUAGGCAGCAAGGCAUGGAAAAUGAUUACCACCUUCAGAAAUUUCACCUCUCUCUGGGAGUCUCACACGUCCUGUAAUGAAACCCAGUGUCAGUGUGCGAAGGCAGGCAAGGGGGGCAGGAGUCCUGGGGCUGAGCCACAUGUUUGCUGGGCCUCAUCUUCUCCCUUCUCCCUCAUCUGUGAAAUGAAGGAGUUUCACAAGAUGAUGGCCAAAGCUCCUUCUGGCCUUAAGACUGCUAAUGAGCGUGGGGCAGGGGGGGGGAAUCCAUGUUUUGGCAAAUGGGGAUGACAUAUAGCUGCCUUCCUACCUUAGGGAGGCAGUUCCUCGACACGUAACAGACAUUAAUGGCUUCUGGGAUUCAGCACUCCUAUGUUGCUGAGAAUGAAUAUCGACAUGAUGCAAGGUUGAAGUCCAAGUAAGAGUGGUUUUGUUUUGCCUUGUUUUAAAACCACUGUUAGUCACAGAGUUUGUAAUCUCUGGAUACCUUCAUAUCCUAGUCCUCGAUGUGGGAUUCUUCAUCUCAAGGUGUUUCUUGUUCUUGGUCAGCAUGGGUUACACCAUGUGCUCCUUCAGUCAGCUCUACCUGAAGCACAUUUGGGUGUUAACUUAGGUCAAAUGGAAUUAGAAGGAUAAUCCAACAGCAAAAGAAAUACAAAUUGUAUUCCAUACCCAGGAGAGAAAAUGCCUUUUGGACUGCAUAGUUCUCCAUUUGAUGAGUGUUGUCUCUUCCUGCCGGUGACCUCUGAGGCCUAUGACUUUACCCCAAGGAGGUUCUGCUACAAAACCCUUGAGCCUGGGAGGCUCUCCAUUUACCAAAGGUUUUUUUCCAGAGGAUUUUCCUGUGGCUUUGGUGGUUAAAAAAAACAAAAAAAGUUUAACCAGCAUAGAAGGGUUUAAAAGAAUGAAAACCUUCUCCCAUAACCUUCUUCACCACCUUCCCCCUACCUCCCAAAGAGGAAAUUCUGAGCUGGGAACCCUCUAAAAGUAUAUGCAAACUUUAUGCAUAUUUACAGAUGCACAUUUUUCUAUAAUGAGUGUCCAGACCAGCACUAUCCAAUGGAAAUAUAAUGCAAGUCACCCAUGUAAAUUUUACAUUUUCUACUGGCUACAUUUUAAAAAGUAAAAAGGAACAGUUCAAAAUAAUUUUAAUAAUAUAUUUAAUCUUUUUGUUUCAACAUGUAAAAAGUAUAAGUGAAAUAUUUUACAUUCUUUUUUGUACUAAGUCCUCUAAACCCAUCGUGUGUUUAAGCUCCCACCAUGCCUCACUUUGGACUAGCUACAUCUCCAGCUCUGUCUCAACAGCCACAUGUGACCCGUGGCUUCCAGCUGGACAGCGCAGGUCCAGAGCUGCUCCAGAAUUCUCACAAGAUCCCCUGACCCUUGCAAAGAAAAAAAAAAAGUUAAAACCUAAUUACCUCCAGAGAGAACUAGACUCCACCCAAGUUGCCUAAUGAGAGGCCCAAAGAUCUGUUUAUUUUGUAAUGGGUAAAUAUUCAGGCCAUUCUUUUUGAAAUUUCUGCCUGACCUUUCUAACCAUACACUGAUGUCCAUUACUGUUACCAUUACUUUGCUGACCAGUUUUUUUUUUUAAAAAGUCACACAAACCAUGUUGAUUUGGUGCUGAAACAAAAUUAUCUCCCUCACGUCUAAGACAAACCUUUAGACUGGUAUGUGGCACUCAGGAGCCAAAGAGAAUUCCAUCCAACUUCACCUCAACCAUUAGUUCUCCUGCUUCCGGGCUGGCAGAAGGCCUUGUCCCGGUGCCAGUGCCCCCUGGGGAUUUGAGGGGGGAAAGUGGGAAGUUACGUACUGACUGCAAAUACAAGACUGAGUGGCCUCGUUGAGAAGAAGUCUUUGGGGUUGUGACUGCCCAGCCCUAUUGGGUGAAUCAUGACAGCCAACAAUCGCCAGCUCUCAACUCAGAAGUCAGCAUCCUCUCUCACCCGAAGGCUGUGGGCAAGAAAGGGAGCAUUUCCAUUCCCUCAGAAGAACUGAGAGUCACCUCUAGGAAUUGCCUCUUCCGUGUGGCUGAUCCCUUUGAGAAGAACUGAGCCCUGAUCAUGAAUACAGCAGCUAAACAUUGAUUUAGUCUCCAGGGCUUAGUUACCCCUGAAAUAUUAACUCCAUCACCUAGGCAGGACGAAGGGGAGUUAGAAAAAGGCAGAAAGUGAAUAGUGGAGGGGCGCCUGGCUGGCUCAGUCGGUAGAGCAUGUGACUCUUGAUCUUGGGGGCGUGAGUUCGAGCCCCACAUUGGAUGUAGAGAUUACUUAAAAAAAAAAAAAAAAAUUCUAAAAAAAAAAGAAUAGUGGCAAAAGCACCUACCUAUUCUGACAUCACCUGGUCAUGAUGGUAACCGUGGAGGCAAAUCCCUGUCCAAAGAUUGUUUUCAGCAUUUCCCUCGUUCUGGACAUUCACAGGUCUGGGUUUGGUUAUGUCAGAAACCACAAUGCCCAAUGGCUACUUCAGAAAAUGCUGACAUCCUUGUGGCCUCCACACCUUCAGAACCAGAAAUGGUGAUAGAUAGCCUAACGUGGGGUUCUUUCUUAUUGAUGAGUUGUGUUUAGCUGAAAAUUCUUGCAGAGCAUUAAAAAUAAGUGGCAUUUAGUUAUCCACUGAAUGCAUCACCUUGACUGAAAACAAAGAAAUCUCAUUAAAUCAAAACUCUUUCAGAAAAUCUGAGACACAGAGUCACAUCCUCUGUGGACCGAGGACCCAGCCCUCUGUGGUCUGGGGCCCCCACAGCAAUUUCCAGUAGCAUUUUUUAUAUGCUCUGGCUUAGAUUUCUUUCCCUUUUCUCUCUCUCUCUCCUGUGUGUCUCUGUGUGUGUGGCUUUCUCGGACUGCCUGUCUCUUUCUGUACACACACCUACACACAUUCUUUUCCCAUCUUUCAAGACAAAAAAACCUUGGUGGCUUUGGAUCUAUAGACUUAUCAUUAUUGUGAUUACCAUUUAUUGUGAUUACUGUUACUGGUGUUGGUGUUUUUCUUGUUUUCAUUGUGUGGCAAUGUCUAUAUUUGCACUUCUGAUGAGGAAAACCAGUCUACUCUAAAGGCAAAUUAACUUCCUCCAUAAUGGAGUUAGUCAUGUUUUCACUUCUCCUGGCACGAAUUUAAUCACAGACCACUAUAGCUAUUGCCUUUUUUUCAGGCUUCCUUGCCAGAAAAGUCUCCUAGGCAAAUAAUGGCAAAGUCACAAUUCCAGAAUGCUGUCGAGAUCUGUUAUCUUCUUCCUUGAGCAUUUGUGACCUUCCUAGUUCACCAGAGGUCCCUGAGAUUAGGACUUCUUAGAAAAAUGUAUGGGCCGGACCGUAUCCGAUGUCCACGCAUGCUUCAUAACUCAGCUUCUUAGCACAAGAACUUCCUCUUUGUAAGGGAUCUGGGAGGCCAUUUUUUCCUUAAGAUUGAAAAAGAGACACAAAGAAACCAUUCUCCCCAGGUGAGGGACACAGGUGCCUUGUGCAGUGCUGUGUGUCACCGACAUGUAAUUGAUGAUGGCAGUUAAAAGGAGGUGAGAAUACUAGCCUGCAGGAAGUGAGAAAGAGGAUGGCCGGAUAUGAACAUGGGCACUCUUCCCAAAUGAAUGCUCAUCUCCUAGGUUUAGAACUGACCCGGUGUUUUGGGGUGUGUAUGUGUGUGUUUUAAGGAGUUUAACACUCAUGAGUUAAACACUCAUGGUUGCAAAGAAGGUUGGGAUUGCCUGAAAGAUAAAUUAAUUCUGAGAAACAGGAAUGAGUUUCUCAGCAUCACUUACCUCUUCUCUUUGCCUGCUUGUCUCCCCAUCUCACAGCUCCAGGCCCUUUGUAAUAGGAACAGUAAUUUGUUUAAAAAAAAAAAAAAAACCCCAUAGAUUGGUUUACGCUUUACACUUUGACCCUUGUAACAACACGAAAUUAUCCCAAAACUAAAGAGGUGAUUCCAGAUGCUAGAUGUAGAUCCUUAAUUAUCAAGCCCUUUAAUGACAAAACCUGCUCGUUAUGCAAAGAACCCGAUGAGGUCACUCACAUAUCUCUUUAUCACCCUGUGAACUAUGCCUGCCUCAAUCAAGCGGCUUUUUCAGGAAUCUCAGUGAUCAAAAACCUUUUCAUCCUUGUGCUACUUUUGCACUUACUACAGAGCUAUUCGCUCCAUAGCCACCUGAGAAAUGUUCGUUGAUGAUAAUGAUAAGGCAAGAACAUAGUCUCUUAAGGGGUCUGCAGGUCUGUACAGAGCAAGGGAGAACUUCUCUGAAGAAGGAAGCUCCACCCAAGGUACCCAGAAUCACUGCUUGGCAGAAUGUCUGUGGUCUUGUCAUCCUUACUGGGAUGACAAGGGCUCGGAGAAGCAGGAAAAUGUGAGGACCGUGUGUGCUAUGCAAACCAAAGACCAAUCACCAUCCAGAUGGACACAUGUUCUUCCAUUGACUCGUUUAAUUUUCUCCUAAUGUUCUCGUAAAUAAAGGUGAAGGUGGGUUGCCUAGUCAGACGAAACUGUGAAACCUUAGGGGAUUUUCUCUUGCAGGCUGGUGACUGCCCUUACUAAAUCCAGAAAUCUAAAAAAAAAAAAAAAAAAUGUAUCGUGGCCUUAGUACCACACCAUCUUUAAAGUCUGGUGUUUUCGUCUCCUUUUUCCCUCAAAAAAUCUUAGACAAAACUAGCGCUUUAUUGUACUCGGAAUUAUUGUUCUCUUUGAGAAUGUGAAGAUUUUAAAUAGCCAAAGAAUUUUCAUGUAGGAGAGCUUCUUAAUUAGAGUGUAUACCACACUUUUGAAGAAAAUACCAAACUAUUGCCUGUACGAAUACACAGCAGAGCAGUUGAAGAAGGAUUGCCAGCGUAAGGACUUUAUGUUGGCAUCUGUGGUACUUACUGGUCGGUAGGCUGUUAUUGCAUGGGGGCAGGGUGCCCCCUGCUGGACUAAUCGCCAUUAUUCUUUCAGCCGGUUAAUUUGACUAGGGUCACCAUUUCCUCAAGGACCAGUUAUUUGCCUUUCGUCAUACAGUUUUUCCUCAGUAGUUGAGAAUUUGGUCCACGUUUAUCAAAAGAGGAAAGAAUGUCACAAGCUCGGGGAAGUUGAAGGGGAGCCCCACAGAAGGUCUUACUGUCCGCAGCCCUUUCUUCUGCAAAAUGUCAAAGCGUAUCCUUAGUUCGGUUGGCAAAGAAGAUGCCUCUGGCCGGAAUGUUUGUGCAGAGUUCGAAGGCAAGGGCCAGAGUGUUUGGUAACUUAUCUCAACUCUCUUCUUGUCAAAUCACAAUGGAAGAUCAAUAAACAGACUUCUUUCAUAUGAAUGUAAAUGGUGUGAAAUACUGACGUGUUUUGUACAUGUACAUAAUAAUGUGUUUACUUCCUGCUCUCUCACAUUAGUAAUCUGAAAUGGUUGUACCAUUUUAUAAUUAGAAAGAGAUGUAGGGGGUGGGGGAGGGUUGGGAGGGGCUGUUAUUUUUAUAGUGGGAUGUCCCUUAUAUUUAGAAAACUUGAAGUAAUUUUGUACUUGUGAAAAGUUACAUUCCAUUCAUCCUGAAAAAUAAUGGGACUUGUUCUUUAAAAUAUUCAUGAGCUGGGAGGAUGAUUAUUCUAGUUUCCAGGGGAGCCUCCCAAGCAGUGUAUAUGUGAUACCCAAUUUUAUAGACUGCAGACCAUGACCAGCAAUUGCCAUUUCAAUAAUGUGAAAAGAAAAAAACCGACUUCUUUUAACCCCUUUGUAUAUAACACAUUGUUAUUUUCACCGAAAAAAAAAAUGUGCUACAAAGAAUUUACCAUUAUAAAAUAUUCAGAAAUGGCACCAUAAAUCAAUCUCUAGUAUUUCCCUGCUAGUGACAAAAAAAAUCCAGUGGAUUUAUUUUUCCUCCCUAUACAUGAAUUUUUGUGCUUUGAUCGUAAAACGAAUGAUGUCACAGGUGGAAUUUUACUUUGGCCAGUCUGCAGAUCAUACACAUGGUGGUGCAAUCAUGCUAUCACCCAUCCUCCACAUUCAGAUCAUGGGACAGCUUCCUGGAUUUAUUUGCCACAUAACUCAAAAAUCACAAAAAAUGAUCCCUGAUGACAUUUGCAUGGAUAGCUUUUAAUUUGGACCUUGGUUAGCUCUUCAUUGCCGAGAAAUUUAGUAGUGGAUUAUGUAGCUUUUUUACCCAAACAUCAUCUUCUGUACAAAAUCACAGGUAUAUUUAAAUGAUUGGUGAAGGCGGUAUAAUUGGUUUGGGUUUUUUUUCGGGGGGGGCGGGGGCGGGGUGGUAUAAAUCUCUUUCUCUUUCCUUUUUCCCCACCUCAGGCACCCACCUUACUCCUUCCAGAGCACUUUAUAUCUCUCUUGAAAUACACAGAAGUUUAAAAACUGUCCUUAAAGGGAUUUGUCUUCUAUUAGGAGACAUGGACUUUCAUUUUGCUUUAUUCUAUUAUCUAUGUGUUUGGAGAGCAUAGACAGUCUGUCUCAUACUGGGCUGGUGAAGAAAUGUUAAGGAUGAUAGUUGGAAACACUCAACCGUACAACAUGGCUAUUUUUGUUAUAUAGAAGACUAUAAUGUAAAUAAGUGCAAUCGUGUUCUUAUGUACUGGUUAAAAAAAAAAAUGCAACUUUAAAGAUUUGAAGAGGAUUGUGAGUUCCAGGAAAUUUCAUUGCAAAAUUUUGUUUGGUUUUGUUUUUUAAUAAAAUGGAACCAGAUGCUG